AGCACGCGUGCGAUGAUGUCCCGUCCGCGCGGAUCAUCGAUAAAGGACGGGGCCAGGCUGGCCAACGACCGCUUCCGCGACGAGGAGGACCAGUCCAGGCCGUGCAAGAACGGCUCGAAUCGCUACCACUUCGGCAUGACGAGACCACGGGACGAGGAGGCGAGCAGGAACGGUCGCGACCACAGGGACCACUCGGACGAGGACGCGGACGCGUUGUACAAAAAGAGCAGGCAGCACUUUGGCGCCUGGGACUUCAAGGACAUCGUGCAGGACGACAGGCUCGGACAGAGGAAGCAGACCGACCGCUACGAGGAUCCCAGACUGACGAACGGUCGGUCCAGGAACGACGCGGAUCGCGAACAGUCGCGCAGAUCGAGGAGGAAGGAGGGUUGGGAGGACGCGCAGAGAGCGGACGAGAGGGACCAGCUGCUGAGAGAGAUCGAGAAUCUGGCGGUGGAGGGUAGAUCGCCCGAUCGUAGGAUCAGGGCGAUGAUCGAGCGGUUCAAGACCAGGGAGGAGGAUAAAUUGAGGUCGAGGAGGGAACGGGACGAGCAGAGCCCGGAUAAGGACGGGUCCAGGUCGAAAAGCGUCGGUCGCGGGGACGCGAGGAACGAUCACGAGGAUCGUGUCAACGAUAGAGGCACGAGGAUCCAGAAGGACGAUCGGGAGUCCGGUAGAUCGAAGAUACGGGAGACGGAGCACGAGGAGGCGGGUAGGAGUCGAUCCGUCGAUCGCAGGGCAGACAAGUUCAACGGUUACGAGGACUCGAGGAGGAACAACGGCUCGGAGAGAAGUCAUCGCAGGCGAUCCAGAGAGCUGGAGGAUGAAGGUCUUCCACGCAGGAAGGACAGCCCGAAGAGGAGGAGCUACGCUUACGAGGGCAACCCGGAGGACUUCGACGUGAGGAUACAGAGGUACGAGAGGGCGCUCCUGGAACCCAGGAGGGACGCUGGAAUCGAACAGAAAGCAUCGUUGGAGGAUCACGAUCGACAGGCGACGAGAAAGAGCUCCUUCAAGAAGAGCAGAGACAGGGAGCCCAGCCUGGGCAGGAAGGCCUCCUUCAAGAACUCGUCCAGAGACGUCGAGAAGAAGUACUUCGGGAAGGAUCCUAACACCGAACACGCGUCCAGGAAGAAUUCCUUCAAAGAGGGCUCGGAUUACGGGAGGAUCGCGUCGAGGAACCGCGACGACGAGGAGGAGCGAAAGAAUCCGUCGAAAGGACACGCGGCUGGAGUCAGCAGGAUCACGUUCAAGGAACGCUCGAGCGACCUGGGACGAAAGAACUCCUUCAAAGAGAAGACCGUCGAGUUCGCCGGCGUCUCCUACGAGGACCACGCAGCUGACGGCGGGUACAAAGGGUUCGACGACUCCAGGAAGAGGCACUCUCCCAACGGCAGGUACGUCGAAUUCGGGGCAGUGUCCUUUCAAACCCAGGACGAGGAGGAUCAGGAUAAGGACUGGUCGACUCGUCGACGGUCGUCCGCGAGGAGCAAGAGCCACGACUCGUUCGAGAAACGCUCGGACAGACACUCCAGGCCCCUGACCCCGCCGAAGAGGGCCCCUGACCCCGAUCCAGAGGGUCCGGAGGAUCCCAGGACCGAGGAUUUCGACGCCAGGUCCUGGCACGAGAGCAACAGACACUUCGCUGUAAAAUAUCUGCGGGAAAACGGCAGGUUCCGCUCGAAUCCCGAGGGCCACUCGGAGAUCGAGCGCGAUCCCUCGCCGGAAACGGGUCUCCAGGAGUUCGCGAACGACCAGGAAGCCUCGUUCCAAGACGAUCAGUCGCUCACUCGCGAGAGGAACGGCGCGACCAUCAUCAGGAUCCGCUCCAGCCCGGAGACGACCGUCGAGAGGCGUCGUCGACGUCGUCCCCCGCAGGACACCCACGCUGGAAGACGCAGGCGUUACGACGCGGGUGACGAAGAGGAGGACAGCGAGGAGGACGAGGACGAACAUCGACGCAGGAGAUCCUCCAGAGGCGUCCCGACGCCCUCGAGACGGAUCUGGAACUAUCGCGAAGGGGGUGUCCUGAUCACGGACGUCGAAGAGGGCCAGCCCUGUUUGCAGUGCGGGGAAACGUGUUCAGGAUUUUCUCCACACACAUGGAGGAAGAAUUGCACGAGCUGCAAGUGUCCGCGGGAGGCGCACGACGUGUGCCACGAAGAAUGGGUGUCGGUCAGGUCUCGAUUGGGCCUCAAAGGCGAUGAGUCCGCGUUGCCAGUCGGUUUCGAUCCCAGGAAGAAGGGCCUGGCUUGGGCGCCACCCGGUCUUCCGGCCCACAAGGUGGAAGAGUACUUUUCCAUGCUGCCAGAGAUCUCCGUGCCGCGGCUCGGCACGCCCGGAGAAAGAUACAGGGACCGACAAUUAGCGAUUCAGCUGCCUAAGCAGGACUUAGCCACAGCCUACUGUCGCCACUUGAAUCCGAAACGCGCCAGCAGCGCUGACGACUUUAUGGCCGCGAGGAACGAGAUCGCGCUGGACAUUGGGAACGUGCAAGAAGUGCUCGAGUGUGAUAUCGAUUGCGGCGCAUGCCACGCGCCCCUGGAAUACGGAAGUCUCGCAGUGUCAGCGAGCAAAUUGGAUCUUCUUUAUCAUCCGAGGUGCUUUCGGUGCUCCGAGUGCAAGGAGCUUUUGGUCGAUCUCGCAUACUGCGUGCACUAUGACACUCUGUUCUGCGAGAGGCAUUACGCCGAACAGCUGAAACCCAGGUGCGCGGCUUGCGACGAGUUGAUUUUCAGUGGCGAGUACACGAAGGCGAUGAACAAGGACUGGCACAGCGGCCAUUUCUGUUGCUGGCAGUGCGACGAGUCCCUGACCGGUCAACGCUACGUUCUCAGGGAUGAACACCCUUAUUGCAUCAAGUGCUACGAGAGCGUCUUCGCGAACGGCUGCGAGGAAUGCAACAAAAUCAUUGGCAUCGACUCGAAGGAUCUGUCGUACAAGGACAAGCACUGGCACGAGGCCUGCUUCCUCUGCAACAGGUGCAGAGUGUCCUUGGUGGACAAACAGUUCGGUAGCAAGGUGGACAAGAUCUACUGCGGCAACUGCUACGAUGCCCAAUUCGCCAGCCGUUGCGACGGAUGCGGCGAGAUCUUCCGUGCUGGUACGAAGAAGAUGGAGUACAAGACCAGACAGUGGCACGAGAAGUGCUUCUGCUGCGUCGUCUGCAAGAAUCCGAUCGGAACGAAGAGCUUCAUUCCGCGCGAGCAGGAGAUCUACUGCGCCGGAUGCUACGAGGACAAGUUCGCUACACGAUGCGUCAAGUGCAACAAGAUCAUCACCAGCGGUGGCGUGACGUACAAGAACGAGCCGUGGCACAGAGAUUGCUUCACCUGCAGCAACUGCAACAACUCCCUUGCUGGCCAGCGAUUCACGUCGCGCGACGACAAGCCCUACUGCGCCGACUGCUUCGGCGAGCUGUUCGCCAAGAGAUGCACCGCUUGCUCCAAACCGAUCACCGGCAUUGGCGGCACUCGCUUCAUCUCUUUCGAGGACAGGCAUUGGCACAACGACUGCUUCAUCUGCGCGGGCUGCAAAACCUCGCUGGUCGGGCGUGGUUUCAUCACCGACAACGAGGACAUCAUCUGCCCCGAGUGUGCCAAGAUGAAGCUGAUGUAAGGGCGCGCGGGGCGACGAUACCGAAAAAACGAAGACGGAGGAAGGAAAAUUUGAUCAAAACUUUUUUGGACCGUCGAGAAGAUCCACGUCACGGUCCAUCGUUUCUACGCGGACACGAAACCAACGUCACGAUUCUCCCCCCCUUCCCCCCCGUUAGGAACGAGAAGAACUCCGUUCCAAAAAAAGAGAAAAAAACACAAAAAAAAAAAAAAAAUGAGAAACGAUCGAAUUUAAAUCGCGAACAAAGAUUUUUUUGAUCACGACGCUGUUGUUCGACCACACUUUCGGAAUCCAAGCGACGAUAAAAAUUACCGUGUUUCUCCCACCCCCUCGAUUAUAUUUUCAGGAAAUAUAUAUAUAUGUCUCUCUGUAUACCCAUAGCCGGGAAACGCGGUAGUCCUUAUCGAAAUCGAACACAAAAAAACCAAAAAAAAAAAUACAAAAAAAAAAAAUCAUUGAUCAGGGACGAUCCCUUCGUGUCGAUCGUGGAGACCGGUUACCGGGCGCUUCUGAGCUUCGUAGUUUUAGAGGCCGUAGUCGUUUUGUGAUUUCUCGAUCCCUCCGCGCGACGAGGUAGCCUCGAAGACGGAGGGACGGAACGAACAAAUGCCUUGAAGAGUCCGAGAAUCAAACCGCCUUAACGUAAUUACUGUCGUCGGAGUCGUUACAUUGUGUUGAUUAGAAGAUGAAGCAGAAAAAAAUUACGAAGAAAGCCCGCGUACACCGUCGUGAAUUGUUAUUAACGUUAUUGUUUUUGUUUCUUCGCUUUCGAAGGCAAACGAAGAUGAAUCCUAUAUAUUCUUAUGGAAACUAAAUUUGAUAUACGUACGUAAUAAUGUUAUUUUUAUUUAACUUAAACUCACACACUUACACGUCAUACAUGCACACACACACAUACACACACAGAGACACAAACACGCCACUGCACCCUUCUCGACGCGAUAUUGUACAGUAAGACUCGCGACAAACAUCUUGGAAACGGGGUGAAACGGAAGUUGGCACGCCCGAGGCCGCGUGGGAAUCCCAGGAGGCUUCCUUCGGGAUUUUUAGAACUUUUCUGGAGGGCAAGGGAUUCUGGGAAUUAAAUAUUUUACGUAAGGGAUCGUUACCUAAAGUCUUAAGCCCUGGAACCUAGGACUCUAAAGAUCAAUCUAGGAUCUAAGCACCCGCGAGACAUCUUAUCGACCUAGACUUCCGAGUAUCGAGAGUUCAAGAACCUGGAACCAAAAAGGAUACUAGGACCAAGUAACUAGGAGUCCAAGAAUCACCGGAUCCCUGGACUCUAGGCCCCCCAAAACGGUUCUAGAAUUUAGGGAGUCCCCUUGGCGUCCAAGACUCGAAACGAUUCUGACAUUUAAACGUUUAGGAGUCGAGACAUUUCUAGCAUUAAGGAAUUGUUACUGACCCAGACUUCUAAGCCCCGUGAGUCCCAACAACCGACUCCUGAACAUUUAAAGGGUCCCAGAAUUGAAAUCACUACCAGUCGCUGAAUCUCUAGCAUUAAGGAAUUGUUAUUCACCCAGAUUCCCAAGUCCCGCGAGGUCCAAGAACCAUCGAUUCCUGGAACUUAGGUCUCUUGGGGAUUCUAGGACUCGAGUGUCUCGAAUGUUGAGAACUAUUUGGAGACCCAGACUCCUGGGAUCGUAAGAGAUUUAGAAGUCCUAGAAUCGUUUGUUCGUGAAACCUAGGUCUCCGUGGACUGGGGUCGUCGAGGACCAAAACCUAGAUCUUUAGAUUCUUUGGAUCAUCGAGGUUCAGAGAUCAGAGAACACCUGGGGUUCCCUAGCCUCUUUGCGUACGCUUCCAUCGUAAACGAGCCUCUGCACCCGAGCUAAAAGAACAGUGUAUGUGUUCGUGCAUCAACGAAGAUGGUUUCCAUCGAAGACGAUCGACCUUCUUCCUCGAUCGCUGCUGUUCUUUCAUUUUUUUUCCUCUCGAGGGAGAAAGCUGAUCGCGAUCGGAACGACCACGCGAAUUGCGGGCAUUUUAGCACCGGUCGGAACGAACUGGAUAAAUAAUAGUAUUAAAAAAAUAAAGAAAAACACGAUUAAUCACACGCACUCACCGACACGCAUACCAGGACGAGUGUGCGGGCACGCACACGCGGAAAACACUAAUUGUGGCCUUAUCCGCACGAGUACAUAGGUGGUAAACUAACGUCAUACGAAAUAAUUAUCGUUACAUUGGUACUUGAUAGAGAUUUAUUAUACAUCGUCGAAGCGAUGGAUGGGAAAAUAUAAGCGUGCAAGCGAACGGGCGAACCACUGUAGAGGCGAAUGAACAAAACGAUA